GGAAUUCUUUCCUUGAGAGAAGCUGUCGUCCAGAGACCAGACAGCCAACGGCCCACUCCAUGUGAAGUCUGGUGAAUUUGGGGAGGGGCUCUUUCAGUGGGGAGGGGGGUUUGAUGCAGAGGGGACCCUCCCCUCCUCCCCGGGUUUCCACUGUUGCCUCCCUCUCCGCAAGUGGCACGGUCCAGAGGAGUUCAGGAACCCACAACCAUCCCUGCAGGCCAAAGCUGAGGCAGCUGGCAUUGCGGAGUAGCCUUUCCUGACCCCCAACUGCCAUGGCCGCCCUGGCUGCUGCAGCCACCCGGAAGACUCCUGCCAAGGAGCACUUACCUCGGCGGCGGGCGUGAAAGCCAGAUUUAAUCCUCCGCCCGCGGCUGACCCGAUGACCCUGGCGAAAUGUACCGAACAGCGUGGGCGGAGCGGCUGGGAGUGGUGCGUGAAAGCAUGCUUCAAAACCAUCUCAUUGCCAAGCCAGAACUGGGGAAGCCUCGACGAAGCUGCUAUACUCUCCCAGGCUACGAUUUCAAUUAUGGGUUAUACCUGCGUGGGACAGAUGGAGGGGUACCUGAAGCCAUUGGCCACUGGCAUUCCAUAAAGCCCAGGGCACCUUCAGCGAAAGAACGAGGCUACGAUUACAAGACCAUGAACUGCAAAGCCAUCAAAGACGGAUAUGUCACUGCGCACGAGCAGAAUCUGUAUCGCAAGCUCAAGGACAUCCGCUUGAGCGAUAAUGACGAGCGACGGUUUAAGAGGACGCCCCCCAAAGUCCCCGCGGACAUGACCUACGGAAAACCAGCACGGCCCUCCACCCCCUUCUUUGACCUGCUCCAGCAUAAAUACCAAGAGAUGUGGAUUGAGCAGCAAAGAGCCAACAUUCGAGCCCAGAAGGAGGAGAAGAAGCAAAAGAAACGCAGAGGGAAAGUGUACGAAACAUACACCACUCUGCUCCGGAAGUUCCAGCCUCCUAUGAAGCCGGAGUCACUUUGGCACAUCCCUCACUUCCAGAAGGUCAGUUCCCAUCUUUGCACCUUCCCAAACCCAGAUGCCCGGGAGAGAGCACUGGAAGUCUUCCGUUCAGAGAUCCCUGUGCGGACUGGCCCCCUGGCAAUGGGGAUUUAUACCGCGGCCUAAACUAGGAAGAAACUGCAACAAGAAAAAAGGGGGGGAAGCAUAGCCCACCUGCACUACAAGCAUCUUGCCUUACAUCAAAUUUUGGUUCUGAUUUGGGGCAGACUGUGUUCAUCUUUGUAUGGUUGAUUAAAUUGGUGCUUUGCCAGAAA